AUGAACGAUAUAGCAGACAUUGUGCGAGCAAUUGGUCACCAACAAGGAGAAUAUGCAUACUAUCGCGCCUGCUACAGUCUCUUCAAGCAGCUACAGGACUUGGUGGCUAAAGUGACCGAGGACUUGAAUGGUCUUUGUGAGAGCCAGCAGUGCAACCCUUCUGAAGGGUUUUUAGCUGUCUCUCAAGUUGCCGAGGAUUUCAGGUCGUCAGUCCAAAGCAUCUCCGCCCACGAAAAGAAUGCCCGACUGGCAUUGGCCAACCUAUGUUCGUCCAACAAACCACAGACCAACCCUGACAGGGCAGGUAACGCUGAAUAG